AUGACUUGAAAAAUAUUGACAGCUAUCGUGUGAUGUGUUUGCAUUGUGCCGAUUUUUAUUGUAAUUUUGGCUUGUAAUCCCUACAUAAUCCUCAAUUUUGGAAAUCCAUGAGAUAAAACACACCAAGAUGACUUUAACGUCGAAGAUGGAAGUGGACCAGGCGAAGGGAGAGGGUUUCCGGCCGUACUACAUCACCAAGAUUGAAGAGCUCCAGUUGAUCGUCGCCGAGAAGUCUCAGAAUCUUCGUCGUCUACAAGCCCAGAGAAAUGAACUUAACGCUAAAGUACGUAUGCUCCGCGAGGAGCUGCAGCUCCUUCAAGAGCAGGGCUCAUACGUCGGCGAAGUCGUCAAACCUAUGGACAAAAAGAAGGUUCUAGUAAAAGUGCAUCCCGAAGGUAAAUUCGUCGUAGACUUGGACAAAAACGUGGACAUCAACGACGUGACCGCCAACUGCCGCGUCGCAUUGCGAAAUGAGAGCUACACUCUGCAUAAAAUUCUACCAAACAAAGUUGAUCCCUUGGUUUCCCUUAUGAUGGUUGAAAAGGUGCCCGAUUCUACUUACGAGAUGGUUGGUGGUUUGGAUAAGCAAAUUAAGGAGAUUAAAGAAGUUAUUGAACUGCCUGUGAAGCACCCAGAGUUGUUUGACGCCUUAGGUAUUGCCCAGCCCAAAGGAGUGUUGUUGUAUGGACCCCCUGGAACUGGCAAGACCCUGCUGGCUCGUGCUGUUGCUCACCACACCGAGUGCACCUUCAUCCGAGUGUCUGGCUCUGAGCUGGUACAGAAAUUCAUUGGUGAAGGCAGUCGUAUGGUAAGAGAAUUGUUCGUAAUGGCUAGAGAGCAUGCUCCUUCUAUCAUCUUUAUGGAUGAAAUCGACUCCAUCGGUUCAUCUCGUAUUGAAUCUGGCAGUGGAGGAGAUUCUGAAGUACAAAGAACCAUGUUGGAACUAUUGAAUCAGCUGGACGGUUUUGAAGCAACAAAAAAUAUCAAAGUCAUUAUGGCAACUAACAGAAUUGACAUUCUUGAUCCCGCUCUGCUUAGGCCUGGCCGUAUUGACAGGAAGAUCGAGUUCCCCCCUCCAAAUGAGGAAGCCCGUUUGGAUAUCUUGAAGAUUCACUCCCGUAAGAUGAAUCUGACUAGAGGAAUCAACCUUCGGAAGAUAGCAGAGUUGAUGCCUGGGGCAUCCGGUGCUGAAGUGAAGGGUGUUUGCACUGAAGCUGGAAUGUACGCUCUCCGCGAACGUAGAGUCCACGUCACUCAGGAGGACUUUGAAAUGGCCGUAGCUAAAGUCAUGCAGAAGGACUCUGAGAAGAACAUGUCUAUCAAGAAACUCUGGAAGUAGACUUAUCUUUGUAUCUUACAUUUAUCUAUAUAGAAUAUAAUUUUGCUUUGUAUUAAA